GGCGGGGCGGAAGCGGGCUGCCGGCGGGGCGGAAGGCGGCGCCGGGCUGUGGCACUCGGGCAGCCGGAGCCCGCGGGCGAUGCUGCAGCUGCGGGACGCGGUGGAGGGGGACCCGGACGGGGGCCCCGCCGGGGCGGCGGCGCUGCUGGUGCCGGCCGAAGCCGACGUGCCCUUCAGCCCGCCCGGGGACUCGCUGCCGCCCCGCCAGACCCUGCGGCCCCUCAGCGUCCGCAACCCGACCCGGGGCGGCCGCCUCAAGGAGUACUUCGUGUUCCGGCCUGGAACUAUAGAGCAGGCAGUAAAUGAGAUUCGUGUUGUUGUGAUGCCCACUGAAGAUGGAGAGGUACAAAGUGUGUGGUUGCUAACUGAAGUUGACCACUGGAACAAUGAGAAGGAGCGUCUGGUUCUUAUCACUGACUGGUCCCUUCUGAUCUGUAAAUAUGACUUCAUCAGCUUGCAGUGCCAGCAGGUUACUAGAAUAUCACUCAGUGCAAUUGACACCAUUUCUGUUGGAGAAUUUGAGUUCCCACCUAAAUCACUGAAUAAGCGAGAAGGCAUUGGUAUUCGAAUUCAAUGGGAUAAGCAAAGCCGUGCAUCCUUCAUAAACCGAUGGAAUCCAUGGUCCACAAAUGUGCCCUAUGCUACUUUUACGGAACAUCCAAUGGCAAAUGCUGAUGAGAAGAUUGCAUCCCUUUGCCAAUUGGAAAACUUUAAGACUCAAUUAAUCCAAGCUGUGAAGAAGGCCCAUAAAGAGUGUCCGUUGCCAGGGAGGGCCAAUGGAGUACUAGUGCUGGAGCGUCCUCUUCUUAUUGAAACUUACGUGGGAUUGAUGUCUUUCAUCAACAAUGAGGCCAAGCUUGGCUACUCGAUGACAAGAGGCAAAAUUGGAUUUUAAAUUAAUUGUAAUCAAUCCACUUAAAGGGAAAGUGAUUUGAGAUUAGUAUCAUGGGGAAAGAGUUGGGAGAACUCAGUACAUGGCAGAAAAGAACAAAAAUGAAUAAAAUGUCAGAUAAAAGGGAUUUGUUAGUUGCAGAAUGAAUGACUUCCACAGAACAGUCAUUACUGUUAUGAAGCUCAUAGAUGGCUAAGUCAGGUAUUGAGUUCAGGUGGUCACAGGGUAGUUGCUUUCUUAGAGUACCUGGAUUUAACUUACACUGUCACUAUUUGUAUGCAAGUCUAGUGAGCAAUGAUAUUUCCUCUUACAUUUCUAGCUAAAGGUCUUUCCUUACUAAGUGUGACUUAUCUGUGACAAAUAUUCUAUAUCAAUAUCCACUGUAGAUACGGUGCAUGUUCAUGCCUUAUAGCUAUAUUUACAUAAGGAUUCAAUUGCAAUGAAAUUAUUUCAUGUGCAGUUGAGACUGAUUUUAUAUUGGCUAAGAAGGUACUAAUGUCUAGACUACGGUAAUCUCAGGAAUUUAAUUCAGUGUUAUGAAUUUUUAAAGAACUGUCAUUCUUUAGCAAAGUCAGCUAAUUCGGUCAAAACUAGAGUGUUAUGCCUUCUCCUAACCAGUGGAAUUGAACAAUUACUUUGUAAGUUGAAGUGUUUGAGUAAUGUUACUGGUCUCUUUUAAAUAGCUAUCAAACCUGAAUCUGUAUAAUUUGCAGGUUUACCUUAUUUAAGGCUUCUCUUUGCAGCCAUCUAUUAAAGAAAUAUCUUAAAAUAGAAUAGCCAAAAAUUUCAGACAAUUAAAGGAUAUCUUUGCCUUCCUAUGAAGUUACUUUUAAUGCAACAUGGGAAUGGUAGUUUUAUAAUUAAAGGGAAUUCUACUUUGAGUAGCUUUAUAUUUCCUUAGCAAAAGUGUAUUUUGUGUUGUGUUUUCAUUUAGUAAUACAUAGACCAGAUUAGAAUAGCACCAAUGUAAGGUUUUUGUAACCUAUGUGGCCAUGUAGUUGUUGGAGAGAGGGGAAGCUUUAGUCAUAGUAUUGUGUUCAGUCUUAUGUAAUCUUCCACUUAAGUUUGUAGAAAGUAAAUUCAGUAGUACAGCUAACUUUAAAUGCAGCAGUAUACAAAGAUACUGAACAGAACUACAGCAUGAGAUUACUGUGACAAGUUUCACUGUAGAUGAAUCCUUUACACAGCCCAUCUUAAUAUAUAACUUUAGCAGAAGCAUUUCUCUGCCCCUCAACAUGUUAGUGAUAUGCUGUGCAGCAGUGGAAGUGGUAUGUUAAAAUAUUUUUUACCUUUUAACUUGAAAUAAACUGUAUGUAUGUUCUUUUUGAAUGUCUCUGGAAUGCAACCAGCUGCAUGUUCUUGUCAAUAUGGGCUCUUUUCUAAGACACCAGUGUCUAGCAUUUGUUAAUCUUGCAGUAAAGAUAAGUUUAACCAUC